AUGGAAGCUGAACACACAUUCUCUGCUGGUGGCACCAAACUUCCAAUCGAAGUUAUUUUGUUGAUUGUUGAGAAUCUGCUCCCUCAAAAUGAUGCGACGCGACCGAUCCUCCCCGCAUCACAUCCUAUCACGAAAACACUCGUGUCUUUGACGACGGUGUGCAAAGCAAUACAUCCCACUGCUAGCAAACUCAUCUGGCAAAACUGUCUCUACAUAGAUACAAAGUCAAAACUUCGCAGAUUUAGACGAUACAUCUCGCAAAAGAGCCCAGUCACCGGGCAAUCACCGUGUGAAGCCUAUGGCUCGACGAGACUAUAUCUCAGCCCAUUACAUUACAAGUUUGAUACUGCUUCCACUUAUGAGGCCGUCGCCCCGUCUGUUCGUCGCGGUAAGGAGAAGCCUGGCCGUAUGAGCGACGGCUCGGACAGUGACAUGGAAAGUGAUCAAAGUGAAGAAUGGACUGAUGGAUCACAAACCGGGAGUGAUCGCGCACCUCAUUCAAGAACUCCUGUGGAUGAUGGAUAUUCUGUAUACUCAACGCAUAAUUGGAGAGACGCACCAAUGCAGGACCUUCGAACGAUCCACAUUCUCAAAGAUGUUCUCAUUACUCUUGCACCAGUCCUCAAGACCAUCAUCGUGGAUAUGCCCUUGAGAGAUUUAAGUCCUACACAAAACAAAGACAUCUUGGAGCCCCUCAGACAAGGGUUCGAGGCUCUGGUCAACAUCGAAGAACUUAUCAGUGUUAAAGACGAAUUAUACGUUGAUACGGAUACUGAAGUUAUACAACCCCAUGUCUUUAUCAAAUGGCCGAAACUGAGACGUUUAUGUCUGUACAACGUCAUGGCUGCGGAUACAUUCUUCGAAGAUAUGGCCUCGUGUCCCCAAUUAGAUACGGCUGUUUUCGUGCGGCCUGAUCUCGCAGAUGAUGUCAAAGGAGAGUGGGCGGUGGCCUGGGCCAAAAUCAACCUCCGAGAAACGAAGGAUGACGGUUCAGUAUAUAAAGGGCCCAAGAUCUCAAUGGCUUUCUGCGACUGGCCGCCCUACCUAUAUGACUUCAGUAACAAGAUACCUCACUGGCAAGAAGUUGACCCUGACAACAAAAUCACUGUUUCAACCGUGGCUACGCAUGAAAGAUACGAUAGAAGAUCAAGAAGAAGGGGGCCCAUUGCCUCAUGUCAGGAUUGGAUCAGGGAUCACGCUUUGAGAGGUACGAUUUGGAGUGAAGUUGAGAACAAGAGCCAGCCUUUUACUCCACCAAUAAUGUUUGAGGAGGGACAGGAUGAAGAGGACGAUGAUGAAUGGGUUGAUGACGACGAUGGCGAGGAUUGGAGUGACGAUAAUUCCGAUUUAUGGUGA